AUGAGCGGUUGGCUUGCGGCCUGCGCGGCCUACGUCGCCCCCCUCUUCAUCGUCAUAUCGCCCAUCCUCUCCUACGGCGACCAGGCCCUGGCCAUGCACCGCAACAAGUCGAGCGCCGGCUUCUCCCUCGACAUACCGCUCAUCAUGCUCGUCGCCUCGCUCUUCCGCAUCUUCUACUGGCACGGCGCCCGCUUCGACACCAGCCUGCUGCUCCAGUCCCUCAUCAUGGUCGCCAUGCACCUCGUCCUCCUCAAGAUUGCCCUCGACCACCGCCCGCCGCCCUCGUCCAAGGGAGGCGACACGGGCGUGCCCUUUGCCGCCGCCGCCCAAAGCGACAAUAUCCUCUCCGGCCCGCGGCCCUACAAUUUCUGGCAAUGGCGCUCGCCCAAGCCCUACUGGCAGUUCCUCCUCUACCUCGCCGCCGGCCUCUUCGUCCUCGAGCUCCUCAUGACCCCCAUACCCUCCCUCUUCACCCUCUACUCGGCCAUGCUCGGAUACGUUGGCCUCAGCGUCGAGGCCACGCUGGCCAUUCCCCAGAUCCUCGCAAACUCCCAGACGAGGUCGUGCAAGGGCUUUCGCCUGUCGGUCCUCGUGGCCUGGCUCGGAGGCGACGCCAUGAAGAUUUUGUGGUUCUUCACCACUACGACGGACAUUCCCGUCGCCUUCAAGGUUUGCGGCCUCUUCCAGGCCGCCUGCGACUGCCUCCUCGGCGCCCAGUACCUCAUGUACGGCGAGGGCGAGGAUAUUGUCAAGGAGCAUCCCCUGGAGGAGGGCCAGUGGUCGAGCGCAUUCACACACGGCGUGCGGCCGCACAGCAGGAGCUUCUCGCAGACCAAGGGGUCGGCGCCCUACAGCGACUCCGAGGUGGAUUAG